GCCCCGCUUCAUCGCCGUGGGCUACGUGGACGACACGCAGUUCGAGCGGUUCGACAGCGACGCCCCGAAUCCAAGGGCUGAGCCGCGGGCGCCAUGGGUGGAGCAGGAGGGGCCGGAGUAUUGGGACCGAACACCCGGAUUUACUUGGACACCGCACAAGUUUCCCGAGUGAACCUGAACACGAUGCUCCGCUACUACAACCAGAGCGAUUCCGGGUCACACAGCAUCCAGAGAAUGCAUGGCUGUGACAUCGGGCCUGACGGCCGCCUCCUCCGCAGGUACAGUCAGGACGCCUACGACGGCGAGGAUUACAUCGCCCUGAACGAGGACUUGCGCUCCUGGACCGCGGCGGACACCGCGGCGCCGAUCACACGCCGCAAGUGGGAGGUGGCCGAUGAGGCGGAGCGCUGGAGGAACUACCUGGAGGGCACAUGCGUGGAGGGGCUCCCCAAAUACCUGGAGAUGGGGAAGGAGACGUUGCUGCGCGCAGAAUCUCCCAAAACACACGUGACCCGCCACCAGAUCUCUGACCGUGAGGUGACCCUGAGGUGCUGGGCCCUGGGCUUCUACCCUGCGGAGAUCACCCUGACCUGGCAGCGUGAUGGGCAGGACCACACCCAGGACGCAGAGCUUGUGGAGACCAGGCCUGCGGGAGAUGGGACCUUCCAGAAGUGGGCGGCUGUGGUGGUGCCUUCUGGAGAGGAGCAGAGAUACAUGUGCCAUGUGCAGCACGAGGGGCUGCCCAAACCCAUCACCCUGAGAUGGGAGCCAUCCUCUCAGCCCUCCAUCCCCAUGUGGUGCAUCCCCAGCAUUGUUGCUGUGGUUGUCCUUGUGGUCAUUGUGGUGGUUGGAGCUGUGAUCUGGAGGAAGAAGUUCUCAGGAGGAAAAGGACCGAGCUACUCUCACGCUGCACGUGAUAACAGCGCCUAGGGCUCUGAUUCGUUUCUAAUGGCUCCUAAAGUGUGAGACCCACUGCCUGUGGUGCACUGAGCGAUGCAGGAUCUGUUCACACCCCCACUUAGUGACAUCGAGAUCCCCUGACUUCCUGCAGAUGGUGUCAGAAUGUGUCUGCGUUCCCAUUAGCAUAUUGUGAGGACACAGGAGACUGCCCCCCCCCCCCCCGCCCACCAUGACCCCUCCCCAUACUGAUUCCUGUUCCCUUUCUGAUCUGCUUUCUUAUUCCAGCAGAGGUAGGGCUGGACCGUCUCCAUCCCCGUCUUCAUUUCAUGUUGGUCAGAGUAUUGUUGCCUUACUUCCCCACUGAAAAUGAGAAUCCAGA